UUUUUCAUUCCCGUUGACGUUUUGUUGUUUUCUUUUUUAUUUUUAAUACGUGGUUUAGUUAAAAUUGCUUCUUUUCAUUUUGUUCGUUUUAAUAAAUAUAUUUUUGUAUAUUAUGUUUGCUACGUAAACAAUGUCGUCAAAACAUUUUUGUCUAAAGUGGACUAAGUUUCAAACGAGCAUCUUAAACGCAUUUGAAAGUCUUCAGAGCAGCGAAGAUCUUGCAGAUGUUACAUUAACUUGCGAAGGGAUCAGUGUGAGAGCUCAUAAAUUUAUUUUAUCAGCAUGUAGUCCGUACUUUCGGACAAUAUUUAAGGAAAACCCAUGUUCGCAUCCAAUAGUGAUCUUAAAAGAUGUACAAUAUGUAGACCUAAUAGCAAUAGUUAACUUUAUGUACCAUGGGGAAGUUAUGGUGGCAGAGGAGCAGUUGCCCUCCUUCUUGCAAACAGCAACAAUUUUGCAAGUGUCUGGCUUGAUUAACAAUGAAUCUCCUUACUCGAUGAACAAACAGGUCACCCCUAUGAAAAAACAAAAGCAAAUAGUUAGUGAGUCCCAAGAGUGUCCAUGCCCCAUAAAAAAGUUGAGAACAAGUCCAAAAGCACACUGUAGAAAUAUUUCAGAGGAGAUUGGUAAAAAAUCUGAACCUGAUAGAGUAAAAUAUGAAAAACAAGAGGCUCCAGAAGACAUAAAGGAACAAAAUAUUACAACAAAACUAAAUGAUGAAAAACCUGAUAACCAGAUGCAAAGCUCAAUACUGGAACAGGCACUUGAGGUGAAAACAGGAAGUAUAUUAGAAAGGUCAUUGACAUCUCAACCUACUUCUGAUGUAUUAAUACCGAAGACAAUAUUCAUCCCCAGGAAACCACCAGAGAGUGACAUGGAAAGAUUAAUAUUGAGGUCAUCAUCUGAAUCUAGUUCUAGUCCAUCAACAUUCGAGCGUCCAAGUGAUUAUCUGCAUCAGAGCAUCAAAGUUGAGGGAGUAGAGCCUCCUGAUAUAGAAAUUCUUUCUUCAGAAGAGGCGGCCCUGAACUUCUCCAAAACCAUGAUCGAUAUUCCGCACCACAGCAGCCAGUGCGGCAAUUGUCCUCAUUGUGGCAAAAUUUACUCCAAUCAAUCCGCUUUGAAAUAUCAUGUGAGACUGGUCCAUUCAGAUCUGACUAACAUGUACUGCUGUCACUUGUGCCCCGAAAGUUUCGAUUAUAGGGAGGGCUAUAAAAAACAUAUGGCGGAGGCACAUUCGGUUAGGAAUUAAAACUGUUUUAAGAGGCUUAACUUAAUUUAUUUAUAUUGGGAAUUGUUUUUUUUUAUUAUUAUAAUUAUUUUGUUAAACAUAAUAUAUUAUUUUAUUUUGUAUGCUACGUUAAUUAUAUUAAAAUGGUUUUUGA